GUGCUUCUGAGCAUACCCGGUUACCAUUAUCUGUCAGAUGCUGGAUUCCCAUGUGCCUCAUCCAAGACCGUCUCCGGGCGUGUGUGAGAACAUACCUAAUGUAUAGCUCCCGAGACACGGGCGCGCUGUACAAUAACGGGUUUUCCACAUGUAGUAUGGACGCCAAUAAAUCGUCCGACUCCCCCCCUUCAGCACCUCCGGCUGGAUUCUUGCGAGUCGUAUGGCCCUGCCUAUUCCCAGCUACUCUCUACUUGGCGGCUCAACCCUCGCCCCUCCACCCCACAACGCUAGACGAUUGCUAUUGAGUUGACUCGUACGGCUGCGGUUGUCCCUUAGAGAGGCCGCUCUCCAGCGUAGCGCUUCCGACUCUUCCUCUCUCUCUGUCUCGUCUUGCCAGGGAGCCCAACACGUAGGCUUGCCUAUGUCUUAGGCAUAAUCUGAACUAGCGAGCAAGAGUCACAGUAGACAGGUUGUGUUCAUGCGUUAGUGCCUCGAUCGAGCCAAGAGUUCCAAGCCAAAGAUAGACAUCUAUCUAGCCUACCAGCAUGGCCAACCUUUCUACCAAGGCACCAGAACCCGUGGCGAGGUCAGACGUAACGCCACAGGCCGGCACUGCAGCGGGCGAGAGCGCAACUAGUGCAACGGUUGCGACGGAGACUUCAGAGGCGCCGUCGUCUCCUGCCCCUCCUUCUAGUCCUCCUGUUACCACUACUGCCUCUGCUACCGCUGCUACACCAGAAGCCGGGGCGGCAGCAACGUCAACGACCGUAGACGCGCUAGAUAUGGCGUCGGCUGCUGAGCCCGAUCAGCAGGCUCAAGUACCGGAGGUCUUGCCCGCGUCCCACUGGGCGCAAAUACCGGCCGUUUACGACUCCGACGAUGAAGAUUCUGCUUACGGGGGAGACAAUGCCAGCUCGACCGCGUCGCUGAGCGCCAGCAUACUCGAGUAUCGAACCAUGCACGGACGCACGUUUCACAGCGAGCUGGGUAACGCUCAAUCCUGGAACCCGAAUGAUGCCCAACACGAUGAGUGUAUGGAUAUCCUUCAUCACGUAUCGACGCUGUUGCAAGACGGGAAGAUUUACUUAGCUCCAAUCGACGACAGCGUGCAGAAAGUUCUGGACGUGGGCUGUGGCACUGGGUUGUGGGCAAUCGACUUCGCCGACCAGCAUCCCGGCGCUGAGGUAACCGGUGUAGACAUAUCGGCGCAACAGCCGCAAUGGAUCCCUCCUAACCUGAAAUUCGAAAUCGACGACGUGACGCGGCCCUGGACGUAUAAGCCCAACAGUUUCGACUACAUCCACAUGCGUUGGCUAGUGGGCUCCAUCACUGACUGGACUUCUCUUUACAAGGAGGUCUUCAAGGCCCUGAAGCCCGGUGGAUGGUUCGAGAACAAGGAAUCGUCCGCUAUUAUCACCAGCGACGAUGGGACGGUGGCGGACGGUUCCGCUCUUGAUCAAUGGGGUAAGGUGUUUGGGGAGUCUGGCAAGAGGAUCGGCCGCUCGUUCCGCGUCGUCGAGGAGGGGAUCCAGCGCAAGGCCAUGGAGGAGGCUGGCUUCGUCGAUAUCCGCGAACACGACUUCAAGACACCGUUGGGAGAUUGGCCAGCGGACCCCAAGUUGAAGGAGAUCGGUCAAUAUAACCAGCUCGCUCUUGAACAGGACAUUGAAGGAUUUCUGGUAUAUGUCUGGAUUACUAUCAUGGGGUGGACAAAAGAAGAAAUUUCGGUCUACGCUGUACAUCUGCGACGUGAACUACGGUCCCGAAAAGUCCACCCCUAUUACCCGCAGAAGGUAGUAAUUGGCAGGAAACCGGAAUAAUAACCAAGGCUCAGUUUUUGUGUUCUCUUUUGGAAAGAAAAAAAAGGCCGAUCGAGGAAAAGCGAGCGUCAAGCCCUCCGAGUAGACAGAAGAUGGGAGGCGGCGUGCCGCCUGCUUGAGUUCUGGCGGUGUUUGAGCCUAUAUUAUAUCAAAAAGAAGGAAAGAAAAAAUCCGCGCCCGGGUUAUAUACGAGUAGAACGAGCUUUCUAGAUUUCGUCGAGUCCCCAUUGGGAGUGGGUGUUAUACGUCGAUUCUCUUCUGCUGCAGUGCACCGUGGGUAAGGAGACAGAUAUACCUAAUGUGAUGGAAUUCCGAAUCUGCCCUAUUCCGGUCCUCUUACGCUCUGUUUCUCCCCAGUCGAUAUGCAUUCGGGCGCAUUCGAUCCCCUGUUGGAUGUCGAGCCCCUUAUUUGCGCCUCAAAUAUCCGCCGUCGAACCACCGUAGGAGUGUAUCGUCUGAUCUGCGCACCCCGCCG